UCUUCUUAAAUGAAAAAGCUGAAACAACAAGGCAAUGAAAGAAGCGCUUAUGCACGUCAAGAGGUUGCGUUCUUCAUCCAGUUCAUUGCUUGUGCCAGAAUUAUUGCUUUCAAGAGCCAUCAACACCGUCGACAUCGUGUAUUGCGUCAUCGUCACCGUGUUCGUGGACUCCGCGUUUACAUUUGAGAAAUCAAAGAUAUGUAUGUUUAAUUAUGUGUGCUAAAGUUUUCAAACUUUGUUAACUUUGUAGAUAUAUUGAAUCAUGAGUAGCAUUUCGACGCCAAAACGGAAAGAGUCGUUUUUAUCAAGUGGAGGUGAUGUUGGCAAAAGCCCAAAGCGUAGCCGGUCGGUAUUACCGGUGGAAGAAGCUGAUCGAAGAGGUAACGCGGAAGGAGGGGAAGGUAUUAUAAUGAAAGAUAGCCGGGCAGUAUUAUCGGGGGAGGAAGCUGAUCAAAGAGAUAACGCGGGAGGGGGAGAAGUUGCUCUAAAGAAAGGUCCAUGGACAAAGGAAGAGGAUGAAAUUUUGGUAGAUCAUAUUAAAAAGCAUGGAGAGGAAAACUGGAAUGCGGUCCAAAAGGAAUCCGGAAUUGCUCGCUGUGGGAAAAGCUGUCGUCUCCGGUGGUUUAAUCACUUGAGGCCGGGACUGAAAAGGGGACCAUUUACUGCUGAAGAAGAACGCAAAAUCCUCGAGUUCCACUUUCGGAAAGGAAGCAAGUGGGCUCAAAUGGCUGCCUUGUUGCCUGGACGUACAGAUAACGAGAUAAAGAACUUUUGGUACGCAAGAUCUAAGAAACGGCAACGAGCUGGCUUACCAAUCUAUCCUGAAGAGAUAACAUCAAAACCUGCAAUAAAUGGCAGUCAAGAAAGUGCUGAGGCAUUGGCAAAUGAAUCCAGCCAGCAAGUUGAAACAGAAACCUUUAACUUGGAUAUAACUGACUUGGACCUUAAAUAUUACAAAUUCAGCCCAGAUAUGUUGCCACCAUUUUUUGAUAUUCAAGAUUACAAAUCAAUAAGUGACUUGGUUGGACGGUACUCAGAUCCGUCUCAUAAUACCUUAUCCAUGCCUAGUGCAGUAGAUCAGCACAGAUAUUUGUUCAGUGGCAGUAGUGCUGCUGACCCGGAAGUAUUUGAUGAGUAUAGCCAAUAUGCUAUGUUGUCUACUCCAUGUGAUCCGAUUCUUGACACCAACCUUAUUCAUGGAUAUGAUAAUCCUAUACCUGGUUUUCAUGCCACGUCAAAUAUCUCUUAUCCUGAGCCCAUAUAUGGGUCCAUGAGGUUUGAGCCCCCUUCAUUCCAAAAUUUACCGCAACAGUGUAACUGGCCGCAACUUCCCUCAUUAGAGUAUAUUGACAUGUCGGUUCCGUGUCCUCCGAUUGAUCCUGUUGACAAGUCGGUUCCGUGUCCUCCGAUUGACCCUGUUGACAAGUCGGUUCCGUCUCCUUCGAUUGACCCAAUUGGCAAGUCGAUUCUAUUUCCUUCGAUUGACCCUUGUCCGUCCGUUCCAGAUUCUCCGGAUUACAAUCAUUUUAUUGAUUCAAUAAUAAACUUCAAUUCAGAUCAAAAUUUGAAAGGCUCAAAUAUUGAUUCAUUGCAAACAAACACUGAUAACAAGGCUCCCAAUGAAGCAGACACUAGUACACAAUGGAAUAGACUAGAUUAUGAUCAACACACUGAUAUAGUUACUCUAGAUUAUGAUCAACACACUGAUAUAGUUAGUCGCCAAAUAAACUUCUUAAAACGGGUCCACUCAAAAAUUAAAAACCCUGGAUCAUUCAAUCGGCUUCCAGCUUAUUAUACUUCCAACAACGAAUAUAAUUUGAAUCGAAAAGAUUUGGUGCUACCAGAUGCUGUGAUGGAUUAUGGUUGGUAUUGAGUAUAAAUGAUAAUCAAUAUGUUCUUGUAACUUAUGUAUUCGCUUGAUAAAAAAAUGUUCUGUUCUGAUUAACAUUCUUCGUCUUAUGAUUAAAGUUUUUCUUUUUUCAUUUGUUGAAGUCGAGAUUUCAAUUGGUUCAAUGUUAUGAAAAUGAUGGGUCCAUUAUGUCUUA